UCGCCUCCUCUCACCAUCUCCUUCUCCAGCAUCUUCCUCUGCCUCCGAUCUAACCAUCAUCAUUCAUCUCUUUAUUUCUUAUCACCGCCGCUCAUGGCCGCCUCCUCCACCAAUCAUGUAUCACUUCCACCAAAUUCUUGUAUUUUUUCCUCUCAAAAUUCUUCUCUCCGUUGGUUCAUCGAGCCAUCCAAUACCGAUUUGCUUCGAUCUGUUGCUAGAUGCUUGCAACAGGACCGGGAUCCACUCUUCCCCUUUGGCGGAGCCGGGAUCUGCCAAUUUAAGGAGAGAGUCGCCGGCGCGUAUGAGUUACUCACUGAGAAUCCAGAACAAACAAGUUAACAUUUUAUCAAGGUGAAUAAAACAAAAGAAAUUCAAAAUUUUAACUUUAUUCCUUUGACAUACAACAUUGCACUAUCUUCAGUGUCUGGGUCAAUUUCUUUUGUAGAACAGGAAGUGAAAGGAUCACUAGCUCCCUCAUAACUCCCAGCAGGUGCAAUCUCAGAAGGAGAGGAAGUUAAUACAUACGGUAAGCCCAUCGUAGCUCUCAGUGUGUGUAGGAAUGGAAGUUGAAAAAUCAUCACCAUCCAAGCUUGAAGGAGAUGGUGAUUUAUCAACUUCAAGAUGGGCCUACCGUUGAUGGAUUAACUUCCUCUCCUUCUGAGAUUGCAUCUGCUCGGAGUUAUGACGGAGCUAGUGAUCCUUUCACUUCCUGUUCUACAAAAGAAAUUGAACCAACAAAAGAAAUUGACCCUUCAACAACCCAGACACUGAAGAUAGUGCAAUGUUGUAUGUCACUGGAGGAAUAAAGGUAAAAUUUUGAAUUUCUUUUGUUUUAUUCACCUUGAUAAAAUGUU